AUAAAGACUGCAUCAUGCUAGGCACACCCUUUUUCAAAGGUGUAAUACGCCCCAAAACUAAACAUUUGAGUUUUUUCAUGUACAAGACAUUAAGGCCUGCUUACAUGGUCAUUGUUUGCCAUCCCAUAUCAGCACAGAAACUUGAUUCCAACCUACGUCUACUGUGGUGCUGGACAUAAGAGCUGUGAUCACAACCCUAUCAGUCUUCAACAGCUGACCUCGCUUUCAGGAGCCAGAUACUAACUUCUAGAGCUAUGGAAUUCCAGCCAAACGUGAUAAACUUACAACCUCAGGUCACCGUCACACAGUACACGGUGUCCCCUGGAUCAUCAGAGUGGAGUACAAGCGUGUGUGACUGCUGUGAAGACUGUGGCAUCUGUGUUUGUGGAACAUUUAUUCCCUGCAUCCUGGCCUGUAAGGUGGCCCAGAACAGCGAUGAAUGCUGCUGCCUGCCCUGCCUCCCUGGCAGCAUGAUUGCUUUACGGACAAGCAUACGCAACAGAUACAACAUUGGUGGCUCUGUGUGCAACGACUGGUUAGUCAUGGCCUGCAUUCCUGCAUGCGGAUUGUGUCAGAUGGCACGUGAGCAGAAGAUGAGAAGAAACUGAAAAUUUAUACGGCAUUAUAGGACACUGACAUACCACAAAACAAAAUACAUUUCUUCAAUUUCUGUACUUUAUUUUUUAUUUUUUUUUUGCCAUAGACAUAAUUGAGUGAAGCUAAGGAAUAAAAGUCUGAUUACUGGA